CAUUGGAUUAAUGUAUGAUGUUGGAUGUGUUCUCGAUCGAUCAAUUGCCAAGUACAAUCUCAUUCCCGAAAUCACUCCUAGAUUGAGCAUUGCUGUUUCAGUCUUCCAUGCCUAUGCACAUCAAUUCUGUUGUCAAAUUGCAUUUCACCCCUGGAAAUGAAAUGGGUUCAGAAAGUUAAACGGGGAAGGAAAUGAGCGGCUAUGGUCCUUAAUUGUUGAUACAAUAGCGCCUGAACGCAUAAUGAGUCCAGCUAAACGAAUCACAACUAUUGACCACAAAAUCAAGAAGAUUGCGAUCUGUGGCCAAGACCGUCUUGCUUCAUUGGCGAGGUCCAAACUGGCCGCCAUUCUCCGUGAGGAGUGGGAAGAGCAAAAGACUUUGCAGCUCUCUGUUCGAACUUACAAUGACCAAGCUGGAAUGAAAAAGUUUGCAAGACUUCUCGAAGCCGAAUGGUCAGCACAAGCACAUUCGGAAGCAUUGGAUGCUGUAAAGAAGGAGUUGGACCGAAUCAGCUUGGCGCGAACACUGUCCCACAGCCCUAUCAAUCUUGACAAACAUUUCCAAGCCGCUCAGCAUGUACGGUUGUUGCACAAUGAAUCUCAACAACGCCUACGAGAUCUGACAGCUCAAAUUGGCCUGUCCGAUUUGAAACCUCUCCGAAAUCCGUCUAGCACAGAAAGGGACUAUAUGGAGAAGUACAUCCUGGCCCAAUUCCACAAACAUGCCAUCCUUAUCCGCUUAGCCAAGUACCAGGACAAGAUGAACCCUAUUCAAAGCUCGCAACAGUGUGGAGGACAACUCGUUACAAAAGUUGGCUACUCGAAGAUGGUCUCAGUGUUCAAUAGCGCAAAAGACCGUGCCCAUCGUUCCGAUAGGCCCUCCUGGCUCCCGGAUUCUUUGAAGCACACCAAAAUGGACGUCAAAAUACUGCUUAACAUGGAUCCCAGUGAUGAGCAGUGGACAAACAUGUGGGAGAGCCUGUGGGUUUCCAACUGGAACCUGGAUGAGAAACCACCUGCCUUUAUCGUCAAUCAGCAGGUUUGCCAUGGCAUAGUAGCAGUGCUGUCGCUUGCUCGUAUUGAGGAAGAAAAGCUUAGGCUCGCUCGAGAGGAACUCAACGCGUGCACCUGGAUCGUCCAGUCGGUAGACUCCAUGAUUCAGACCACAGACGAUAUUCAUCCUCUUUAUAAAUAUCAAUGGCAACUACGCCUCAAGUUGUUACUCAAGUGCCAUGAUACAAUCGUGAACGGACCAUUUCCUUGCAUCAAUCUGUGGCGUGCAUCGACACACUACCUGCUUGCAAACCUAGAACAUUCAGACCCCCAGGCCAGGUCUGAAGGUGAGUAUCGGAGUGGAUGGGAGAAGGGUAGGAGAGUGACAGAAGGGUGGAGGUGUUGUGAGGAGGAAGAGGAGGAGUGGGAGGAGUAG